UUGAGCCUCCCCCACCAUGAGUAGAUCUUUGGUAUAGUCCAAAAAGGUUUCAGGUUAAAAAGUUAGGAAUUUUAUUUGCGACUCUCUGUUCAUAUGAGUGUUUGCCUGGCGGAACAGGAACUCCAUGGCUUAAAGUCACCUUAAUUCAGACAGCAUCCAUGGGUUCUACUUCAGCCAAGCCCUUUAAAAAUCAGAAGUAUGAAGACCUCAAGCAACAGUGCCUUAAACAGAAGAAGCUCUUCGAAGACCCUGAAUUUCCUGCUUCUGAUGCAUCUCUUUUCUAUCUCAAUCCACCACCAGCAAAUGUGGAAUGGAAACGCCCCAAGGAGCUCUGUGAAGAUCCUCAUCUGAUUGUACACGGAAUCAGUUCUCACGAUUUACAUCAAGGGAGACUUGGAAACUGCUGGUUUGUGGCUGCCUGUUCUUGCCUAGCUCUUCAGAAGAAUCUCUGGCAAAAGGUGAUCCCAAAUAUCAAGGAACAGGAAUGGGACCAAAAAAGGCCAGACAAAUAUGCUGGAAUAUUUCAUUUCCGUUUCUGGUGCCUCGGAGAAUGGAUCGAUGUGGUCAUAGAUGAUCGGUUGCCAACUAUCAACAAUAAACUGCUUUACUGCUCUUCUAAGGACCGCAAUGAAUUCUGGAGUGCACUUCUGGAGAAAGCUUAUGCGAAGAUGGCAGGCUGUUACGAAGCCCUGGAUGACGGCAGCACAGCCGAGGCCAUUGUCGACUUUACGGGAGCCAUGGCAGAAUCCAUCAACCUGGCUGAUGGCAAUUAUGACUACAAUAUCAUCGAGCAGGCGAAACUCUUUGCAGACUUGCUGAAAGUUCAUAAAAGGGGAGGCUUAAUCAGCUGCUACAUCAUGCCUUCAUCCCUCAAUGAUUUUGAGGUACAGACUGACAUGGGCUUAGUCAAAGGCCAUUCCUAUUCUGUGACAUCAGUCCUGAGGCUGUCUCUUGGAGAGAAGCACCUGUGUGGUCCAAAGUCGAAUAAAAUAUUCAUGAUCCGACUAAGGAAUCCUUGGGGAAACAAGGAAUGGAAAGGAGCAUGGAGUGAUGAAUCUGAGGAGUGGAAAAAAGUGAGCAAAUCAGAGCGCACAAGUUUAGGACUCACCUUUGAAAAUGAUGGAGAAUUUUGGAUGACAUUUGAAGACUGGUGCAAAAACUUCACUGAUGUGGAUGUCUGUCGGAUUGUGAACACAUCUUUCUUCAGUAUCCAUAAGACUUGGGAAAAGAAAAUGAUGCGUGGACAGUGGAAGAAGCAUUCUGAUCCCUUGUUAAAUCGCUCUGGGGGAUGUUUAAACCACCAAGCCACCUUUCUCCAAAACCCUCAGUACAUCUUUGAUGUUAAGAAGGUAGAGGACACAGCGUUGAUCUCGCUACAGCAGAAGGACCAACGUAUUCACAAGAAAGAAGGGGCAGGAUAUAACCUUGUUAUUGGCUUUGAAAUCUUCAAGGUAGAGGAUAACCGAGAAUAUCGCUUGCACCAACUGAAAAUACAAGAGAGGAUAACUAACGUCAACUACAUUAGCAAUCGCAUAGUGUAUCUGAAGAUGCUUCUCAAGCAAGGCCGAUACCUGUUGAUCCCAACCACCUUCACCCCAAACAUUGAAGGGGAAUUUAUCCUGAGGCUCUUCACAGAUGUUCCAUCAGCACUCAGGGAGCUGAAGCUGAAUAAACCCAAACUGUCUUGCAAGGAUAUCCUGCUCGGUGUCCCAAAAACGAUGUCCCUCGUUAAAGUCUACAGGGUAGAAGGACUCCAGGGUCAAGACAGUCAUGGGAAAGCCAACCCUUAUGUAGUAAUUAAGUGCGAGAACUCCAAGGUUCGGUCUCCCACCCAGAAAGACACUGUGAAUCCUGUUUUCAACACCCAGGCUGUUUUCUACAGAAGGAAGGUUGACAGCCCUAUUAUUGUCCAGGUCUGGCACAGCACCUUUUUUGACCGAUUCCUGGGAGAAAUACGGCUGUCUGGGUCACCCAGUGAAUCCCGGGAUCUUCAGAAGUACCAGCUCCAUGGCAGAGGCCAGCAGGAAUCAGAAGCAGUACCAGGUCAAAUCACUGUCAAGGUUCUUUCCAGUGAUAACCUAGUAGAGCUAUGAGAGGCUGAUGGACUCAGAGGGGGAACUGUGCUUUGCACACAGGUGUAUGUUGCUUUUAAAAUUCCUUCUUUGGUUUGUAAUCUCUGGGUUGCAAGGGGACAGUACAAAAAUCAGCAAAGAGAAACAAAUGGGGCAGGACUGCCACUGAUGUGAUGACCUCCUCUUCCUUCUUUUCUCUGUCCAUACAUAGUUUACUCUCCUAAAUUGUAAUCAGUUGCAAACAAUGGGUUCACUCAUACCAUUGGGUGGAUCAACUUUGUUGUUGAUCCACUUUUCAGCCUUUUGGUUAGAAAAAUGGGAUGAUGUCACAGAGAUGGCCAGGUUAGCUUCCAAACCCAACCCCCAGGUAGCUUCCUGUCAGUUGAGGAUUCUCAUUGGAAAUGGAUCGUGGUUUGGGUCAGCUGAGUUACCAUUGGGCUAAAAUACCAGCCCUACACUCUGUCCCAAAUUCUGCCAGGACUGCAAGAAGAGAGAGAACCUGUUGUCUGCUUCUUCAGAAUCAAUGUGGCCAUUGGAGGAGAUGCUCUAUUUGACAUGGAGGAUGAGACAUCUCAUAACAGGAGGCUUAACAUUGCAGAAUGGCUAAAUAUGUACUUUGCCUUUGGGAAUUCUAGCAAAUGAAUAGCUUGCCUUCACACAGCUCUAUCUUGCACUCGAGCCAAAAAGAUUACAUAUCAGACAACUGUUCUCCAACAGUCAUCAUUUUUUCGUGAUGUAUAUCUAAGACAACAGGUCAUUGGAUCUGCUCUAGCAUUGGUUGCUCCAGUGGGAAUAGCCCUUGAGUACAGCAUCACUCCAAACAUUCCUGCUGGUGGGAAGAGAGGCAGAGAGAGAUCAGGGCUUUCUUUGGGUGGCCCAAAGAAGUCUUGUCCCCUCAUAUUCCAGAGGGUUCCUCAACAUCUGGAGCACAUUUUCAGGGAGACAUAAAAGGGUUGAGGGGGGGAGAGGGAAAGGACACAACUACAUCUAAGUACUGCCUAAAGGAUUCCCCUGCUCCGUUCCAAGUCUGCACUAAAUGAGAGGUGUCCUGUUAUUGCCAAGACGUUUGUUAUGGAUCCAAGCCAACGCACAGAAAAUAAUACCUGUACUCUGCACUUUUGCUCCUGUCCGAGCAAGGCUCUAUACAGAAUACACGUAAUAUAUUUAAAUAUAUAGAACAGAUUUAAUAAACAUAUUAAAUAUAUUGAAUAAUAUAUUCAACUAUUAACGUCUACAAUAUGACUAAUAGCAGUAGGCAUUCAUAUUGCACUUUUUAUAAACACAAAGCACAUAUAUUAUGCCAAUAAUUCCCAUGGUAGAUUGUAUAACAAAUGCAAUUCUCUUUGUAUUAUUUAUGCCUUUACGGCAGAUGGAAGAAAGGGAAGACUGAGGCUGCCUGUUAAGGACAUGUUGUUUGUUUUGAUACAGUAUGGAAGUAAAAUCUUGAAACUGAA